UGGGUACGAGUGCAUCCCGUGAAUGCAAAUAUAGAAAGCUACUCCCUGCCUUCUGCAUCAUAAGAAGAGGCGUGUAUUCGACGCAUUACAGCUGCCUUAUUAUUGAAAAAUCUCCUGUUUUGAUGUGACUUGUAUCAGAGAACCUCAAAGAAUAGUUAAGAUCAUUUUCAAGGGGGCUAUAUCGGUCAACAUGGAUCUCAAGCCAAUGUUCCUUCCCAUUUUACUGAGUGUGGCCCUGGGUCCAUCUCUCACAGAAUCAGCUUGCUCUGCUAGACUUGAUGAUAAAGUUCUGGGAUACAUUUUCUCGCCGACAAACAAAAAUACACCCUUGAUGAGUACUUCAGCUUUGGACACAUCGCAUGGAGAUUACCCUGACAACUCUGACUGCACCUACACCAUCAGAACUCCACCUGGCACUAUCGUGAAGUUAUCCUGGAUAACAUUUGAUGUCAAAGGUUACAUGCCAACAUGCUGGCCAAAGGAUUAUGUGGAAAUCUUUGUCGGCUGUGAUAAAAAGACUAUUGGGAAAUACUGUGACUCAAACAGUGGCUCGCCCUUCGAUAUGUACUCUGCAGAUAACUGCAUGGAAAUCAAAUUUUACUCUGAUGGAUCAGAUCAUGGGACUGGAUUUAUGGCAAAGUUUGAAGCUUUUAAUGCCAAGCAAGCACUUCUCAGUUCAAGCACAACUAGGUGUUCUUUGAGCAAGUAUGGCUCGUCAGGCCUAUCAACUUUAAAAGGCACAAUAGCAACCACUAACUGGCCUUUACCUUAUCCCGUCACGGGAGAUAGCUGCUACUGGCGUUUUGGAUCAAGCGCAUCCUCCAAGGGCUACAAGAUUGCUAUCAUGGAUUUCGAUACACAAUACGACUUUGGUUGUGAUGAUACAAAGGUUAAGAUUAAAGGUGAUAAUUCCUACACAAAUUAUGAUAAGGCUGAUUAUACCAUCAAAGACAGCAUGUGCGGAUCAAAGUCACCAACAUCCUUUACAACCACUCAAAAAUAUGUAUACAUCAGGUUCAAAUCUGAUUAUUCAAAUAUUGGAAAGCGUGGCUUUGUUAUUGGAUAUGUCCAGUAUGAGCAAAGUAUUCAUGACACUGCUACUCAGAUAACUGGUGUGGUGGUUGGAGUGAUCAUUGCUAUUAUUGUCGUUGGAUGUCUGGUCUUCUUCUGUGUUAUCCGUCGUCGUAGACUUGCCCGUGGCAGACCUCCCCCUGUAGCAGUUCAGCAAGGACAGCCGCUUGUUGUCCCACCACCCGGGUCAUACCCCACCCAGCCUCAGACUGGAUAUCCUGCCCAGGGUGGCUACCCUAUGCAGCCGCAAGGACAGAUGCCACCUCCCCCCUCUUAUGGUCAAGCCACUGCUGGUCAGUACCCACAGCCAGGUGGAUACUAUCCCCCACCAGGAGAGCAACCUUACCCACCUCCAGGGGUUCAGCCCUACCCCCCGCCUGGUGGCCAUCCUUACCCCCCACCCCAAGGGGGUCCUGCACCAUACCCUGGGGGGUCACCGUACCCACCUCCUGGCGGGAAUGCCCCGCCCUAUUCUGCUCCAGACCAGCAAGCUGUGCCCUACCCCACCAAGGACCAGCCGCCCUACCCCACCCAGUGAGGGCUGCAGUAUUCCAGGCUUGGUGACAGAAAAUUGAGAUACUGUACUGUAAGCUGCACACAGAAGUAUUUUAAGGUCUCUGUUCUGGAGCUUUCUAUAUGAACUUUCACAUAAUAGCUAAGAAGGUCUCUGUUCUAGAGCUUUCUAGAACACCUUAAGAUUAGACGUGAACUUUCACAUAAUAGCUAAGAAGGUCUCUGUUCUAUAGCUUUCUUGAACACCUUGAGAUUAGACACUUUCUCCCCACUAAUGCUUAUAUUUUGACCGUUCACACUUUGCUUACAAGCAACUGCAAGCCUAGUGAAUCUUAGCUUUUGUGUUUUUGUCUAAUGUAAUGAAUCUUAGCUUUUGUGUUUUUGUCUAAUGUAAUAAAUCUUAGCUUUCGUGUACCAGAAAUGAAAAAAAAUAUUGUUUUUCUAUUUCUUUUAUUAUAGUAUUUAUUCACUGUAUCAUUUUUGACUUUAUUGUAUCAUUGAAAAUUAGGCACUGCUUAGUUAGAAUUUCUUAUAAUGAAUUUAGAAAGAAAUAUUAGCGAUUACAGCGUAUUUACCAAUUUUUUUCAAGGCAAGUAAUUAAGGCCAUUCGUGGCCGAAAUUUACCCUUGAGUAGUUCAAAACAGUGUCCGUCUGAACAUUGUAUCAUUGUAACAGAACAAAAUGUGUUCCUCCAUCGUGGCAUUCUGGUUGUGUUGUGAUGUAUUUGAUAUGCCAAAGGUUUGUGCUUAUACCGUAAACCAAUGUACGCAUUUUAUUUUGAUAAUGUUGGCACUUUUGUUUGUACCAUAAAAUAACGAACUUUGGAUUUCGAAGUUAUCUGUCGUAAAUGUUCUCUUAGGGCACGUUUUUUUCCUAUCAUUUUGGAAUGGAAUUGUUGGUAGAGAAUGUUCAGAAUGGCAUUCGAGUCGCUCAGCUACAGGUAGCAGAAUGGGUGGAAUGGCCUUCAUUCCAUUCCGGAAUGGGAACGCCGGAUAAACGAACGCGCGUUUUUUCUAUUCUAAUCAUUCUCAUUCCGGAAUCACGAGUAAAAAACGCGCCCUUAGUUAGAUGGGCCUAGUGCACCCCCAAAAGUUGGGGAAGUGGAAGGGACUGAACUCUCCCAAGCACUUCCAAAAACUUGUAAGAUUUCAGUAUGGGUGGGGGGUGGGGUGGGGGGGCACCAUCCCCCAACACUUCCCUCUUUAUCUUAAAGAAUGUCAAUCAACCAAUUCUUUGUUAUUAUUUAUAAUUGAAAAUACAACGGUUUAUUCGCAAGAAUAAAGGAUGAAGUCUGAUAUGUAAUUGACGAUAUUUGAAUGAAAAAAAAUAUCUUUUUUACUUGCUUGAUUUAGCCGAUGGAAAUGGAUUCUUUGAGUCACUCAGCAUUGACCGAGAGUGUAAAAUGGUGGCGUGAUUGGCCUUUAACAUCACCGAACUCAAUAAAGUAUGUUCAGGAUUGUUAGUAGCAACGUACUAUGGACUUUAUGCUUUAUCAGCAAGAUAUUAUUGAAUUACCAGAGAGCAAUGAAAGAUAUUAAGGAUAGGAAGAAUAGGAGUUUGUAAAUAAAUGAGAAUUGAGAAUAUAAUAUAACCGCACAUCGUUCUGUUAGUAUACACCUAGUAAAAAGCAUUUAUACUCUUAAAACCAUGUGAUGUAAUUCGCCGUGCUUCAUGGAUAUCCAAUAGACAUACAAUGGUACCCCUACGGGAGAAGUUUAUGUUUUGUCCAUGAUGCAACGGGCUACAAAAUGCAAGUAUCUGUAACAAAAACGUUGAUCUUGAUAAAGAAAUGGAGAUCUCA